AUGGCUUUCAGCGCAGCCUACAAGCUAGCAUGUUACGUCCAGCAAUACAUCAAGGGACAAAGCCCGGACCCUUCAGCUGCGCUUGCGCAGUACAAUGAGCAAAUGCGAUCUAUUAUCGAGGGUGGACAGGAGCUGGCACCCGGCCAACCGCAUAUUAUCAACCCUGAGACCGGUUGGGGCGUCUGGAUCAUGCGAGUCCCAUCCGGUCACUAUCAUAUACCAGAAUCAUGUUCAUUGUCGUCAAGUUCUUUGGAAAGAUUCUCCAUCUGGGACCUCAAGCAGCGCAUUACGUACUAG